UAUGAAUGGAAGUCUGUUAUUAAUUGAAAAUACGUCGUAAAUAUAGCUGAACUUGGAGUUGAAGAUCUAUUCAUAUCAUUUUAAAGAUUAUGAAUGAAUUUUGCUUCAUAUUGAUACAAAAAUAGGUCUGCUGAUAAUGGAGCGCAAUUGGUACCCAUUGCAAUUCAAACAGAUUUUUUAUAGACUUCGUCAUUAUAUAAAAUUACAUAAAAGACGAAGAACUUCGUGUUAAUUUCUAUAUAAUUCUUUUCCACAGAGAAACGAACAAAGUUGCCACGUAACAAACAAAAAUGUCUACGAAAAAUCUGCUCUUGAAUGAGGAGUCUCCACCGUCCUAUCAGUCCAUAUACCCAGCGGAAGUAACCGUAACGACAGGAGAGAAUGAGAUUCGAACCACAGUGACCCACCAGUCUGUUAUAGACCCGGACACAGAAACACACGUUUAUAAGCGGCGCUGGUACGUGUUGAUAGUGUAUUCUCUCCUAGCCUUUACACAGGGGGGUUACUGGAACACAUGGGGACCAAUCGCAGCGACAUCUGAGGACGCAUUCGGUUGGUCUGACGCGGACAUCGCACUCUUGUCAAACUGGGGACCCAUAUCAUAUGUUUUGGCUGCCUUCGUCAUGUCAUGGGUUGUUGAUGUUAAAGGACUUAGAUGGUCGUGCUUAAGCACGGCGGUUAUGGUGGCUCUUGGUGCCGGUGUGAGAUGUAUAACGGACCGGCCUCCUUAUGUUACUUGGACGGUUAACAUUGGUCAGUUUCUGAACGGUUUGGCGGGCCCGGUUGCCAUGGGUGUUCCGCCAGCUUUGUCAGCGUUGUGGUUCCCUGUAAAAGAGCGCACCACAGCCACAGCACUUGCCACUAUACUUAAUGGCCUAGGUGUUGGCGUCGCCUUCUCGCUUGGUCCAUAUAUGGUAAAAGACAGAACAUCAAAUACUAACUCUACAAUGCGUAAUACAUCAUGGAUUAACAUGACAGAUGAUGAAAGAAUUUCUCAAGAAAGACACGAUAUUAUGAUGUAUAUGUAUGUAGAAGCUGCCUGGGCCGUCUUUAUCCUCCUCCUGAUACUUAUUUACUUCCCAGCUAAGCCCCCCAAACCCCCGACACUGUCAGCCUCUGUGGAGAGGAUGGACUUCAAGACGGGCGCCAAAUGUCUCGUCAGAAAUGUUCGGUUCUGGAUUAUAUGUGCUACAUACGGUAUAUCUCUGGGAGUCUUCAACUGCUGGCAGAGUGUUCUGGAUGUCAUCCUUAAACCUCACAACAUUGACGAGAACGAGGCCGGAUGGUUGGGUUUUUACUCCAUUCUUGCAGGUUGUGUUGGAUCUGUAAUAUUAGCAAAAUUCGCAGACGUGUUUUCGCGCCACAUGAAGAUGUUUCUGUUACUUCUGUACAUAAGCGGAAGUGCGUGUUUCGUCUGGUUCACUCUUCUCAUCAAUGGAACCAUUCCCGACUCCACAUAUUCUUUGUAUGUCGCCAUUAUCCUUGCUACACUCCUCCUUAAUGCCAGCGUGCCCCUGUAUUACGAGAUGGCCUGUGAGGUGACCUAUCCCGUGGCGGAGGGGAUCACCAACUUCGUACUGACACUCGUCAAUAACAUAGGGGGACUGGUAUUCCUUCUCGUCGGCAUGAUACCACACAUAGGAACAGCUUGGGCGAACUGGGCGUGUUUGGGUGCCAUUGUGUCCUGUAUCCCUGUCUUAUUACUCAUCAAAGAGAACUACAACCGUCUAGAAGUAGACGAAAUCAAAGGAGAAGAAACGUGACAGAAGAUUCCUUAGGGAGAGAAGAUUUCAAUGAGAUAAUUUUCUGUGUAUAUAUGGACUGAGUAGACGUGUUAUACAUCAGUGUUUAUUUCUGACACUGGAGUCGCUCCUAAAAUUCUGGAGGAGACAAUUACAGGAUCAGUUUUUCGAAUUUCCAAAUACUCACUUUAUACCAUAAAUAUUACUUUGUCAAAAAUACAUAGGAUUGUUCAUCAAAGAUGUAUGGGACUAUAUUUUUAUAUCAUGCUUUUGCAGAGACUUGCUAGAUGUCGUUUGAGAUGAAUAUAGAAUACAUGUAGUUAGUAACCUACAUGUAUAUUAUACAGUGUA